AUCAAAUAUUUACCUAGUGAAAAAUGGGUUCGAGUUUGUGUGCCAGUGGAUCCGGACCUCGUAACGAAAAUACAAUAGGAUUCGUGAGAAUAUGGAGACUCAAAUAGAUUUCCUGCAACGGCUUGAACCUGACAUGGCGCUCAAAGUACUUAUGUCUCUGGAUGAUUCAGCUGAUCUCAUCCGUGCAUCUGCUGUAUCUCGAUAUUGGCAAACGAUUGUGAUCUCUAAUGGACUUAGCAAGCAGCUCUUUGUUAAAAGAUAUCCUAAGCUUGCUAACAUUUCUAGUGUAAUUGAACUGAGUCACAACUCGGAGACCGCCGGUGACGAUCCGCCGAGUGAUGCUAUGGAACGUGUAGUGGGCGAGAGAGAUCACCGGGCAUAUUCUUCUCUUUUCCGAGCUAUUACAGUAUUCCCACAGACUUAUUGCAUUUGUCGUGCAGUGAGUGCGUCAAGCACCGAUAACUACCCAGAAGAAAGCAUUGCACUAACUCUUGACCCACGAGAAAAAGUUCUUUAUCGUGACUUGUACUGGUCAAGCAAAGGAAGUGACGAUCCGGAAACACCAGAGAUAUUGAUUUAUAAGUUGACUUCUAAUCUUUGUGUUAUAACUGAAAUCAACAUGCAUCCAUUUCAAGCUUCAUUUCACUUGGACUCCCCGAUAUACUCUUCAAGAUUUGUGCGAUUCCGGUCAGGCCAUCCGAAAUGUUGGAAGGAGAUGGAUUAUAAUUUUAUGGAGGAAGGAAAAUGUGCUAAUGACUUGUUCAUUUGGACAUAUACAUCAGAAGUGUUCCCUGUGGCUCAGGAAAAUCGAUUACAAAGGUUCCAGUUGCCAGAGCCUGUGGUCUGCGUUGGUGGCUAUUUGCAGAUUGAGCUGUUGGGUCGAGUUUUAUGUGAGAUUGAUGCCAAAUACUACAUAUGCGUGGCUCAUGUCCAGGCUAUAGGACGUCAGUUAUCACCUGCAUUUUGUGUCGAGUUUUCUGAACCGUCGAAUGCCAUAACUCUUAAGUAUGAUGCCGAGGAAUUUGUACGUAUUAUGCACAAUGUUUCCAAUGGACAAAUUGAUUCACUUAGUCCCAGUGUACUUCCCGUAGAAAAUCAUCGACACCUUGUUUGGGCAAACUUGCAAGACUUCAUGAUGCUAGAUGCAGCUCUAGAUGAUGUUGCAGAACCUGAGUGGGUCGAUGAUGAUGAUGAUGAUGAUGAGCUUGAUUAUGAUGAGACAGAUCCAAUCUUCAUAAUUUAAGUGAUCAUGGUACAGUUUGUUUUCUUGCGUAUUCUAGAUAGUGUAUAGUUUCCUACUACAGGCAAUCUUGAUGUCAUGUUAAGUUUACUCCGUUCGACUUUCUGAGCUGAAAUCCAAGCAAAAAUCUGGUAGUGAGCUUCCUAACGAUGUUGGGAAUAAUUUCAACUUUUGAUCUUUGUUGGCAGAUGAAAUUGUCGUUUAACUAAUUGAUUAGUUUCCUGUUUCUAGGAGGAUUUGUAACA